UCGCUCUCUCGCUCGCUCUCGGCUGCCGCUCUUGCUGCGGCUGCGGCUGGGGCUGGGGGCGGCGGCGGCGACGCGGGCGGCGGGCGGCGCGGGGCGGUCCGGCGGGUUCAAAGAGGAAAACAUGGCGGAAAACAAAGGCGGCGGCGAGGCUGAGAGCGGCGGCGGGGGCAGCGGCAGCGCGCCGGUAACUGCCGGGGCCGCCGGGCCCGCGGCGCAGGAGGCGGAGCCGCCUCUCACCGCGGUGCUGGUGGAGGAGGAGGAGGAGGAAGGCGGCAGGGCCGGCGCUGAGGGCGGCGCGGCCGGGCCCGACGACGGGGGGGUGGCCGCGGCCUCCUCGGGCUCGGCCCAGGCUGCUUCAUCCCCUGCGGCCUCAGUGGGCCCUGGAGUUCCCGGGGGCGCAGUAUCGACGCCGGCUCCAGCUCCAGCCUCGGCUCCCGCUCCGGGUCCCUCGGCAGGGCCGCCUCCUGGACCGCCAGCCUCGCUCCUGGACACCUGCGCCGUGUGUCAGCAGAGCUUGCAGAGCCGGCGUGAGGCGGAGCCCAAGCUGCUGCCCUGUCUUCACUCCUUCUGCCUGCGCUGCCUGCCCGAGCCGGAGCGCCAGCUCAGCGUGCCCAUCCCGGGGGGCAGCAACGGCGACAUCCAGCAAGUUGGUGUAAUACGGUGCCCAGUAUGCCGCCAAGAAUGCAGACAGAUAGACCUUGUGGAUAAUUAUUUUGUGAAAGACACAUCUGAAGCUCCUAGCAGUUCUGAUGAAAAAUCAGAACAGGUAUGUACUAGUUGUGAAGACAAUGCAAGUGCAGUUGGCUUUUGUGUAGAAUGUGGAGAGUGGCUAUGUAAGACAUGUAUCGAAGCACAUCAAAGAGUAAAAUUUACUAAAGAUCACUUGAUCAGGAAGAAAGAAGAUGUCUCAGAGUCUGUCGGAGCAUCUGGUCAACGCCCUGUUUUCUGCCCUGUACACAAACAAGAACAGUUGAAACUUUUCUGUGAAACAUGUGAUAGAUUGACAUGUAGAGACUGUCAGCUAUUGGAACACAAAGAACAUAGGUAUCAGUUUUUGGAAGAAGCUUUUCAAAAUCAGAAGGGUGCAAUUGAGAAUCUACUGGCGAAACUUCUUGAGAAGAAGAAUUAUGUUCAUUUUGCAGCUACUCAGGUGCAGAAUAGGAUAAAAGAAGUAAAUGAGACUAACAAACGAGUAGAACAGGAAAUUAAAGUGGCCAUUUUCACCCUUAUCAAUGAAAUUAAUAAGAAAGGAAAAUCUCUCUUACAGCAGCUAGAGAAUGUUACAAAGGAAAGACAGAUGAAGUUACUACAGCAGCAGAAUGACAUCACAGGCCUUUCGCGGCAGGUGAAGCAUGUUAUGAACUUCACAAAUUGGGCAAUUGCAAGUGGCAGCAGCACAGCACUACUAUACAGCAAGCGACUGAUUACUUUCCAGUUGCGUCAUAUUUUGAAAGCACGGUGUGAUCCUGUCCCUGCUGCUAAUGGAGCAAUACGUUUCCAUUGUGAUCCCACCUUCUGGGCAAAGAAUGUAGUCAAUUUAGGUAAUCUAGUAAUAGAGAGUAAACCAGCUCCUGGUUAUACUCCUAAUGUUGUAGUUGGGCAAGUUCCUCCAGGGACAAACCACAUUAGUAAAACCCCUGGACAGAUUAACUUAGCACAGCUUCGACUCCAGCACAUGCAACAACAAGUAUAUGCACAGAAACAUCAGCAGUUGCAACAGAUGAGGAUGCAGCAACCACCAGCACCUGUACCAACUACAACAACAACAACACAACAGCAUCCUAGACAAGCAGCCCCUCAGAUGUUACAACAACAGCCUCCUCGAUUGAUCAGUGUGCAAACAAUGCAAAGAGGCAACAUCAACUGUGGAGCUUUUCAAGCCCAUCAGAUGAGACUGGCUCAGAAUGCUGCCAGAAUACCAGGGAUACCCAGGCACAGCGGCCCUCAAUAUUCCAUGAUGCAGCCACACCUCCAAAGACAACACUCAAACCCAGGGCAUGCUGGACCCUUUCCCGUAGUAUCGGUACACAACACCACAAUCAACCCAACGAGCCCUACUACAGCAACUAUGGCAAAUGCAAACCGAGGUCCCACCAGCCCGUCUGUUACAGCAAUAGAGCUAAUCCCCUCAGUUACCAAUCCAGAAAACCUUCCAUCGCUGCCAGAUAUUCCACCCAUACAGGCAAACGUUGUUCAGAUGAUGCACUCCUGGUGUGAGUUUGGAGCCAGAGAGAAGACCCAGGACCAAAAUGUGUUGGAAGAUGCUGGCUCAAGUAGUUUAGAUAAUCUACUAAGUAGAUACAUCUCAGGCAGUCACCUACCCCCACAGCCUACAAGCACCAUGAAUCCUUCUCCAGGUCCCUCUGCCCUUUCUCCGGGAUCAUCAGGUUUAUCCAAUUCUCACACACCUGUGAGACCCCCAAGUACUUCUAGUACUGGCAGUCGAGGCAGCUGUGGGUCAUCAGGAAGAACUGCUGAGAAGACAAGUCUUAGUUUCAAAUCUGAUCAGGUGAAGGUCAAGCAAGAACCUGGGACUGAAGAUGAAAUAUGUAGCUUUUCAGGAGGUGUAAAACAAGAAAAAACAGAGGAUGGCAGGAGGAGUGCUUGCAUGUUGAGCAGUCCUGAGAGUAGCUUGACACCACCUCUCUCAACCAACCUGCAUCUAGAAAGUGAGUUGGAUGCAUUGGCAAGCCUGGAAAACCAUGUGAAAACUGAACCUGCAGAUAUGAAUGAAAGCUGCAAACAGUCAGGGCUCAGCAGCCUUGUUAAUGGAAAGUCCCCAAUUCGAAGCCUCAUGCACAGGUCGGCAAGGAUUGGAGGAGAUGGCAACAAUAAAGAUGAUGACCCAAAUGAAGACUGGUGUGCUGUCUGCCAAAAUGGAGGAGAUCUCUUGUGCUGCGAAAAAUGUCCAAAGGUCUUUCAUCUAACUUGUCAUGUUCCAACACUACUUAGCUUUCCAAGUGGGGACUGGAUAUGCACAUUUUGUAGAGAUAUUGGAAAGCCAGAAGUUGAAUAUGAUUGUGAUAAUUUGCAACAUAGUAAGAAGGGGAAAACUGCGCAGGGAUUAAGCCCCGUGGACCAAAGGAAAUGUGAACGUCUUCUGCUUUACCUCUAUUGCCAUGAAUUAAGUAUUGAAUUCCAGGAGCCUGUUCCUGCUUCGAUACCAAACUACUAUAAAAUUAUAAAGAAACCAAUGGAUUUAUCCACCGUGAAAAAGAAGCUUCAGAAAAAACAUUCCCAACACUACCAAAUCCCAGAUGACUUUGUGGCCGAUGUCCGUUUGAUCUUCAAGAACUGUGAAAGGUUUAAUGAAAUGAUGAAAGUUGUUCAAGUUUAUGCAGACACACAAGAGAUUAAUUUGAAGGCUGAUUCAGAAGUAGCUCAGGCAGGGAAAGCAGUUGCAUUGUACUUUGAAGAUAAACUCACAGAGAUCUACUCAGACAGGACCUUCGCACCUUUGCCAGAGUUUGAUCAGGAAGAGGAUGAUGGUGAGGUAACUGAGGACUCUGAUGAAGACUUUAUACAGCCCCGCAGAAAACGCCUAAAGUCAGAUGAGAGACCAGUACAUAUAAAGUAAAAUGACAUGGAUUUAAAUCAAUUGUUUAAAAAAAAAAAAAAAAGAAAAAAAAAAGAAAACCCAGAAAACUUUAAAGUGUUGCUGGAAUAUCCUGCCUACAGUGGGCACCUCCUUGAAGAAGCUGAUAGCUUUUACACAGUAUUAGAUUGAAAUAAUGGACAGAAACACAUUCUUGUCAAGAAAGGGGGAGAGAACUCUUUGUAACUUUAAAAGCAAAAAGCAAAAGUGAAAUGAUUUGAGGAUUUCUGUUCUAAUGAGGAUGAUUCUGUGAUUGUUAGAAAUGGCAAAUGAUGAUUGUGUGCUAUUGAUUGGUGCAGGAUACUUGGUGUACGAGUAAAUACUUGAGGCUCGUGUCACUUGAUAAAUUUUCUUUUUGGACUAGGUCACACAGUUAUUAAAACAACUUUUAACCCUCCCCCUUCACACACAUACAUAUCAGGUUGUUUUCUAGUUAAAAACCCAAGUAGCUCAGAUUCUACUUUAAUGUCAGUGCAGAUUUGCAUUGAAUCAUGCCAUUAUAUUUUUUCUCAUUUUUAUGCUGUUGGAUCUUAGUUUUAAAAUUGAUAUAAAGAACAAAGCAGUGGUUUUAUUUUCUACUCAUACUUAGGGUUUAGGAAACACGACCACUAGUUAUCAUUUAAUCAACUUCAAUGGUCUACUGAAACAAAAAUGGUAACUUUUCAUUAGUGGAUUAUUUAGAGUUAUAGUAGUCGUUUCCAGAAAACACUUCCUCACAAUUGUACUUCCCAAUCAAAUCAUGUGAUCAUACAGUUAUUCCCAUGAAAGGCAGAAUGUUUGUUUCAAAAUUAAUCUAGUUUUCUGUACAUUUAAAUUUGAGAAGGUGACAACUGGCUCUCUUCCAGUCUUCCUUCAUGUCAGUUUUCUGAUAGACCACUAUUGGCAAACAGUAUCAGUCAACUACCAAAUGUGUAAAAUUUUCUGUAUUUCACUUUGUCUUAUUUGUAAAUAGUGAACUAAAACUUUUGGCAGAUCAGCAACAUUUGCUGAGCCUGUUUUUUAAGCUAAUGUGUAUUCUUACUAAUGUUCCUAUCAAGAAUGGAUUUGUAAUAUAUGCUGUCUAUUUCUAAUGUUCACAUUCAUAUUUUGAGGUUCUAUCUUAUUUUAAUAGAGAACAGACUUCUCAAAAAAUCUUCAGAAGCAGCUUAUUACUGAAAUAUCGAAAUAUUGAAAUAAACCCGGUGGGGUUAGAUUACUCAUCUGUCCACCAAGUGGGACAUUUGCAUGGACUGGGGGCUUAAAGGACUUAGAAGAGACCUGUAAGUAAAUCCUGAAAAUGAGCCAAUCCCCACUUGAAUGGUUACUGGAGUAAACCCACCUUUACCACCCCAAUUACAGCACCCGAGGCCGAUAAACCAACUUGGCUCUGGUUCAUUUUUCUUUUCUUCAUUUGUGAUGCUCAGAUUCAAAAUGUGUGUUCUACACUGUUAACAGGCUUCUCUUUUGUUUGAUUAAAGAUUUUAGUCCUACUUUUGUAUGGACACAUUAGAAUAUUCAGAGACCAAAAUAGAAGAAUUUGCCAUUAGAUAUUUUUCAGAAGUCAGCAGAUUUGUGGCAAAUCGUUUAUUUGCCUUUUUAAAAAUUCAGUUUAAGCAGUUCAGAGAGUAGACUACUCAGAAAAUUAUUUCACGUAAUUGUCUAAGAGGUCAAUAUUUUUUAGUGCAUAUUGAAUCAAAUAAAGUGCUCUAAAGAAAUUAUUAUACAAAUUCCUUUGGGUUGUUUUUCUUUUCUUAACAAGGGGUGGGGGUAAACAGGAAUAUGAUUUAGGCUUUCUGGUUGUGUAUUUAAAGAGUAUUGAUUUUAUUAUUGCUAUUGAUUUACUUUAUUCCUGGCUUCCUUUUCACUUUUCUUUCAAUUUUUUAAAAAUAAUUUAAGCCUUUGAAAAUAUACCAAACUGUUGAAACGUUUUACUCAAAUUUUAAAUUCCUAAAAAAGUUUUUUAAUAAGAGGGAGAAAAUUAUUUAAAAAUACUUAUGCCUAUGCCUAUUUCCCUCUUCUUUCACAAAAUCCAUGAUUUCAGUUUGUAAGUAGACAUAUAUCUAAGGGCACAUUUUUGGAAAGUGAGGAAUAGCAGCAGUAUAACUUCAUUUUGUCAGGCCUUUGAAUUUUAAUAUUUUGUAUUGCUCUUCAAAUGGAUCCUUUUAAAAAAAUUGUAGAUAAUGAGUCAUAAAUAGAUUCUGCCAACUGAGGGGAGAAACACAUUUUAAGUAAAUAUUUUUCAGUAUUUGGGGCCUUAAAAAAUAAUUGUGCUCCCGUAAAAUUACAUGUUAGAUAGAGUUUUUAGGUUUUUUUGGUUUUAAUUUAAGAUUGGUUAAAGCAAUUUAAAAGCCACUUUUUUGUCAACAUUUAAUAGCCUCCACUUCUGUUAAGAUAAUUUAUACCGCUGAGGAAUUACUGUUAAUAGCUAUCAACAUGCCACCAUUAAAUUAAGGUAUUCAUUUUAGAUUUUUUAUUAAAGCUUUUUUCUUGCACACUGAUCGUUGUGUUUCUAAGAUGAUUUUUUCAGCUCUAAUAUACCUAUGGUUAAAAAGUAUAAAAACUUAAAUUGAUAUUUAGAUACAUGUUUUCCUAUUAGUUUAUGUUUUAAAAAGACAAAAUUGAAUAUCUGUCAGUCCCUGAAGGCAGUUUGUUUUUAUACUCUCUCACAUUUGUAUUUGUUGUUUAAAUGGCAGUAUUUUAGAAGAUUUGGAGAAAAGUCCACAUAAUAAUGUUUUCUUAAAAGCUUUUAAAGUUUUUGCUGUACUUCAAUUUACUUCUUCCAUCAGAAAACUAAGAACAAAGUAUUGCUCAGUCUGUUCCGCUGACCUAAAUUUGUGUUUUCAGCACUUGGCUCAGCCAAUUCACUGAGUGAAGGAAUUGCUUUAUAAGGCAAAGCAUGUGAAAGUUCUAAAGUAUGGUUGGAUUGUAGGUCGUGCUCUAUAUGGAAACAUCAAACCAUUACUACAGAGAAAUGAUAAGGCAUUGGAUCCACUAUUGAAGUUAUUAUUUUUGGAUCAACAAGUUGGUACUUUCUGACUUCUGUAUCUUAACAUAAGGGAAUUUUAGGUAAUGCUAAGUCAGUUGUCUCAUUUUUUGUGAUAACAAGUUUUGGAAUUUUUAGUUAAUUGAAAUAAAUAAUGCUUUUAAAUAGAAGUAAAAGGUUUAUAAGUGUGCAAAUUGUAGAUUUAUCAAUUACCUCAGCAGGUAUCCUGCCAUGUAAUUAUUAGUGAUUAGUGUUAAUAAGAUAAUAGAUUCAGGUCUUCCAACUAUGCCCUUGGAUUGUGGCCUACCGUAUGUUAUUAAAUGGUCUCUUACUAUCCAAAAUGGGAGUAGAUGCUGUGGCCCCAUCUCCCUUGGCUUUUACGUCCCAUACCCACCCCCAUUCAUGUACAACAUGUGAAAUAUAAAAAUCUCAUUUCUUGUCAAAAUCAGCACUGCUUAUUUGCAUACUCAGCAUCAGAUCAGUGAGUAGUUUUAUAAAAAAUCCACGCACCCAACUCCCUUAGUUAAAACAGAUUCUUAAUUCAUACCAUGAAUUAUUAAUUUCUGUACCAUCUAUGUUAAUGAUCUGCUGAAGGUGACUCAAGAUUUUCAAGGUGUAAUACAGUUUGAUCAUGUACCGGACCUGGAUAUUUAAUUUUUUUUUUCUCACAGUUAAUCUCCUCCUUGAUAAAGCAAUAACACUGCUUUAAGUCUGUUGCCUAAUAGCAUGUCAGAAUCCUAUCCUGGAUGGUGAUUUUAUAGGAAAGUUUGUAUGCAUAUCACCCAGUCUAUCUUUUAAAAAUUAAGGAAUUUAAAUGUAUGCUGGAAGUAAUGACAAUAUAUUGUGGCAUUUUAUUUUAAAAAUUGGGGAAAGUUGCAUAUUUUUUUAAAAGUAAGUGUUUGAGUAAAAAAAUUGAAGGUACUUUUUUAAGGAAAAAAAUUUAUAUGCCACAGUUUACAUAGACAUUUCAGAUUCAACACGUACUCUUGAAUAUAAUGGUUUCUUUUACUUGGUCAAAAUGCAUGUAUAGCAUUUCUUUCAUCUUAGUUCCUUGUGUUUGCCUAUGUGGUCCUUUAUAUAUUUUUUAUUGUAUCGGAGAAACAAAACUAUCUUCAAAAAUAAGUUAAUUUGGAUAUAUUUGUCAUAUCAAACUACAAAAUGUACAAAGUUAAGUUUAGCCCUUUUCUAGAAAGUGAUCUUUAAAAAUGCUCCUCUUUUACAUUCACGAAAUUUAUAUGUGUGGGAAGGCACCAAAAUGAUUUUGUAAGUGCCACUGCAAUAUUCCCUUUCAAGUGUGGCCUAAAUUUCAAUCUUAAGGAUAGAAUGCAUGUCUGCUCCUGGUUCUGAAAAAUGUAGGCAUCUACUACAUUUUGAAACACAGUGAAACGUAUACAUAAGCCUAUAAAAAAGGUUUGUGCAAUUUGAAAGCCUGUUAAUUUUUUAUGUAGACAUACCUACACACGAAAGGGUUAAAUUCACAGCCUUACUAGUUCCUUGCUUCCAGUAUUUCAAUUGGUCUCCUCCCCUCAUUAUUAUUAUUACUACUAGUACUAUUAUUUUUGCACAUAGUUAACUGCCCUUCAAUAUGAUUCUUAAAAAGUGCUGUUUCUGUGGUAUCGUAUUCUCUAAAUAAUCAUAUUUAAUUUUUUAAAACAAGGUUGCAGUUUCUAAUUGUUUCGUUCCUGUGUUUUUGCUGGUGUGUAAUAAAAGCAAGUUUUUUCUUUUCAUGGUUAUUUAAUACAUUAGCUGCCUGUAAAUAAUUCUUGUUAUAAUGCUCUGGAAUGUGUUGUAGAAGUUGUAUUAGAUUAGUUUUAAACCCUUGUUUGAAAGCCACAUUGUUUUGGUUAUUUCUAUUAAAUUAGAAAAUUGAAAAAGUUUUCAAAUGAA